UCAUCGUUCUCGUUCGUCUCUCUCCCUUUUGUAAUCUCCCCUGUCCUUGAUUCCCAGAAAACCUUGUCUGAAACAGAGAUGGGGAAAAGAAGUAUCAGCGGGAGCUUUCCUCGUCGGAGCUUAACGAAUAUAGUUCUAGAAUUAUGUGGGAAGGGAUUAACGGUGGAGGAGAUCGCUGACGACCUCCGUUCCAAGCACCGUGAAUGGGCUCGUUGGAAACGCCAGAUCCUGAUCAUCAAAGUUAAAAAGAUCUUCAAUUCCACGAAAGAGGAAGAGGGUAUUAAUGUAAGUAGGAAGAAACAGAGGCGAGAUGAUGAUCUCGAACAGAGGAAUUCGGAUUUAUGCGAAUCAUCAUCACCUUCUUCUUCUUCCACAUCCGGAAAUGUAUUGACAUCGGACGAUAAUACAAACUUCGACAUCACCAGUGAAAGUCUGCUCAAUUCUUACUCUAAUAAAUCCAAGACUCCAUUGAAGAAGAAAGCUGCGUCAAGUGAAGAAGGAAGUAAGGUUUAUGAUGUAGAGGUUAAAGGACCGACCUUUAAGGACUUGGGUGGGUUAAAGUCUGUUUUGGAUGAGCUCAUGUUUGAAGUGAAACUCCCUCUCUUGUGUCCUGACAUUGUACAAGGCAUUGGUAUGAAACCACUCUCUGGGAUACUACUUCACGGUCCUCCUGGUUGUGGCAAGUCCACACUUGCUUGUGCCAUCGCCAACGAAGCUGGUGUACCCUUUUAUAUGCUCUCUGCUGCUGAAUUGGUUUCUGGUGUUUCUGGUGGAUCAGAAGAGAAUAUCAGAGAGCUCUUCUCUAAAGCCUAUAGAACUGCACCUUCUAUUAUAUUUAUCGAUGAGAUCGACGCGAUUGCCUCAAAGAGGGAGAAUCAGCAAAAGGGCAUGGACACGCGUAUCGUGACGCAGUUACUGAAUUGUAUGGAUGAGAAGUAUAUGCUCUUGAAGCAAAAAGAGAGCAGAGCUUCCUCCGAUGACAUGAGUUCUAAGCCUGGACAUGUGAUUGUAAUCGGAGCUACAAACAGGCCUGACGCUCUUGAUCCGGCAUUGAGGAGAUCUUUGCGGUUUGAUAAGGAGAUCUGUCUCGAUGUGCCAGAUGAGGAGGCUAGGGAAGAGAUUUUCUCUUUGAUCACACGAAACCUUUCACUGGAGAGCACCUUGGACUGUUCCAAGAUUGCUCGUCUGACUUCCGGAUUCGUUGGUGCUGAUUUCGAAGUUUUGGCCAAGAAGGCUGGGAUGGUGGCGGCAAAGAAGAUUAUAAAUUCAAGAAACUCGCAGCUUUCUUCCGAUAUUGAUUCUUUGAUGAGGCAAGAAUUGUCAGAGGAAGAGAGGAAGAAACUCUUUGUCACUACCUCAGAUUUCGAGGAAGCAUUGAAAGAUAUGCAACCUUCUUUAACUAGAGAAGGUUUCUCUACUAUCCCUAAUGUAACGUGGGAUAAUAUUGGUGGACUUGAUCAUCUAAGGGAGGAGUUCUACCAUCAUGUGAUUCUGCCAUUAAAAUUUCCUGAAGAAUGCAAGGGAUUUGAGUUUUGUUUAGAGACGGGUUUUUUGCUCUUUGGACCACCAGGUUGUGGUAAGACUUUAGUUGCACAGGCGGUUGCUAAUGAGGCAGGAGCCAACUUUAUCCAUGUCGAGGGUCCAGAGCUUCUGAGCAAAUAUGUUGGAGAAACCGAGAAGGCUAUUAGGGAGUUGUUCAGUCGUGCCAGGAUGUGCUCUCCAUGCAUUGUCUUCUUUGAUGAGGUGGAUGCUUUAACAACAAAACGUGGGGAGCAAGGUGCUUGGGUUGUUGAACGACCUUUGAAUCAGUUACUCGUUGAAUUGAGUGGCGGAAAAAAACGAGACGGUGUAAUUGUGAUUGCUGCUACAAACAGGCCUGACAUGAUGGACCCGGCUGUUCAAAGGGCAGGCAGGUUUGGGAGACAUAUCUAUGUACCGCUCCCAAACUCGGUACAGCGACAUUCGAUUCUGAAAUCUCUGGUGAGGGAUGUUAGAAUUGACCCGAGUGUUGAUUUGAGUGCCAUAGCGAGGAUGGAGAGUUGUGAGAAUCGUAGUGGAGCUGAUCUCAAAGCUUUGGUGAAACAAGCGGGUUAUGCAGCUUUUAGAGAUACAAACUCAGGCAGUAAUGAGCGUACAAUCAAGAUGGUUCAUUUUGAGCAAGCUUUCACUAAUCUCAAACCGUCUCUCACGAAUCAGCAAGUACGGGAAUACGAGAACAUAUUCAGAGACUUUGAACGCGGCAAGUGA